AUGUUUAAAUCCACAAGGAAACAGGUGAAACGUCAGGUAGAUGACCGAUUUAUAUCAGCUCGGAAGAUUUUGACAAAGCUUUUUUCGGUCAACACCAAAUGGGUGAGUGUCGUCGGAAUCAACAUUGUCAAAGGGGUACAGUAUUAUGCGUCUCUUAAUCUCGAAGCAUUUUCUCCCUGA